AUGGCUCGGAUUCCUGACAAGAUAAAGGGCAUCAAUGGAUCAAAAGAAACCCUUAAACUUGCUGUGAGGAUAACUGAUCUUUGGUUUGUCGGAACACCUGACAAGUCUGAACAAGCUGAGAUGAUUAUAGUGGACUCUGAUGGUGAUCAAAUUCAUGUGGUUUGUAAGCGAGACCAACUGAAGUCUUGGAAGUUGGAUUUGAAAGAGAAUUGUACUUAUGUGAUGCACAAUUUUAAAGUCAUCAAGAAUGAUGGUCAAUACAGAGUUUGUGACCACCCAUAUAAAUUGGUAUUCACUGGUGUUACUGUUGUUAGACAAACUGAUUUGGACAAUGUUCCUUUUAAAAAAUACAAUUUCACUCAAUUUGCCAAUAUCAUUGCUGGCCACUUUCAACCUGGCCUGUUGGUUGGAUUGUACCCACCGUCAGUAAGUAAUUCUUUGAAGGCUUCAAAGUUACUUAUUAAUCAACCGGUGGCUGAAAUUCAAGAAUUCAAACACAGGUAUAGACUUGAGGUAAUGGUCAGUCACAAGGAGGAAAGCACCAAAUUUCUUCUCUGGGACCGUGAAUGCACUGACUUAAUUGGGCAAUCAGCUGAUGAAGUGAAUAGAUUCAACCAAAGUUCAGGAAUGAUACGUGACUUAAGUUUGAUUAACAUUAUAAUGGAGUUACUACCUGAUGCUGAGGCAUCUUCUAGGAUCCAUAUUGCACUCCCUGAUUCUAGUGAUCCUCCUCACCAUGAAUCUCAAUCCCUGUCUAGAACAGCAGAUCAUGAUCCACUUCUUCGACUCCCCUUAACACCAACAAAGCGACAGAUAUCCCAAGAAUGUGAUGAUGAAGCAAGAAGCUCUCAGAUUUCACCUGCACAACUUUCAUCUAACAAAUUAGGGAAACAUGUUAAAAUUGAAUGA